AUGUCCAGUAUGAAGACGGGUCCUGGUAUGCCUGCAGCCUGGCUGACGUUGCUGCUGUUGGUCUAUCUGGUGCCUUCUGUUCAGCCUCAGGAAGUUGAGAACUUCGACAAUGCUGGAUCUGCAGAGACCAUCGGCAAUGCUAGAACGACGGAGACCAUCGGCAAUACUGAAACGACGGAGACCAUCGGCAAUGCUGGAACGACGGAGACCAUCGGCGAUGGUGGAACGACGGAGACCAUCGACAAUGGUGGAACGACGGAGACCAUCGGCGAUGGUGGAACGACGGAGACCAUCGGCAAUGCUGGAUCUGCAGAGACCAUCGGCAAUGCUGGAACGACGGAGACCAUCAGCCAUGCUGGGUCGACAAAGAAGUCCCAGGAUGCUGGAUCGAAAGAGAACUCAAGCAGUAUUGGAUUGAUAGAGAACUUCGGCAAUGCUGGACCCGCAGAGAACUUCGGCAUUGCUGGAUCGACAGAGAACUCUAGCAGUGUUGGAUUGACAAAGAACCUCCAGAAUGCUGGAUCGGCAGAGAACUCCCAGAAUGCUGGAUCGAAAGAGAACUCCAACAGUGUUGGGUUGGAAGAAAACUCCGAGAAUGCUGAAAAGGUAAAGAACUCCGAAAGUAAAGAAUCUGAAGAAAAGUCGAAAUACCGUCGCCGCAAACAGAACGAGAAGCUUGACUACAUGGAGGAGGAUGCUCGGGAACAGACAGAUAACUUUUUAGACAUGUUUAAGAUAGAGCAGCAGGAAGACGUAAAGGCCCUGAUUGAGAUGCUCCUCAAUGAAAAGAGUCAAUCCUUGGCCCAUGUCCAGCAGAACGAGAAGGAUAUGCUGCUUAAACAGGAUAAAAAGAACCGGGAGCUCCAGGAGCAGCUGAGUAUACUGUCGAUGUUGCCCAUGAAGCAUCAUCUUGAGGAGCUGGAACAGCAGGAAAUGCGGGAAGAGCAGAGGAAGCAGGAAGCUCGGGAUAUUUUUCUUGAGAUACACCGAGCCAAACAGGAGGCUGAGAAUAUGUUCGUCAUGACAUUGGAGAAAGAGAGAGUCUUUGAAGAGAAGAUUAUCCAGUUCCAGGAGAAGAUGGCACAGAGGGAUGCAGACCGCGAGGCCGAGCGGGAGCGCAUCCAGAGGGAGAAGGAGAUGGAGAUAGCAGGUUUGCGAGCCUUGCAAGAGCGUGCUCAAGAUAGACAGUCAGAGAUGGAUGAACUGCGAGCCAAACACAACGAUGAGCAGGUCAAGCGAGAGUGGCAGAAGGAAGAGGGGGCGCUCCUGGAGGCAGGGAUGGAGGAAACGCCACAGGUGCCUCAAGUAGGGCAGGUCGUGAGUUUAGACAACGUCUUUGCUGACCAGGCAAAGCGAGAGAGGGCGGAGUUGAUGGACGAACUAGCGCAAAUCCAGGAGAACGAAGACCUAUCAAAACACCUGUUCGAGAUCAUUGAGGAGUAUAGACGUCUCUUUGGCCUCAAUCCUCUACAUAACCGUGCAGCACUCGAAGCUCUAGAAGAGGCGGACAUGCGACUGAGGGCAAAGAUACAUACCAGCAAGAAGAAGAAGAGGCAGGAUGAGCUGAGAAAUGCGGGUAUUCCUAGGAAGUACUGGCCGGAGGACCUUAAAGUCGAACCCUAA